UCGCGGCCUGCCGACGGGGCAGGGGGCGCCGGUGGAACUGGCUCCCUGCAGCUCUGCGGCCGCACGCGGACCUGGGCUGUGUGCGAGGUGGCGGAGGAGGCUGGCGGGAUGCGAGUCGGGACUCGGCCCCAGCAUCUUCUACCUGCUCAGGACAACCGCGCAGCCAUGGGCUACCAGAGGCAGGACCCUGUCAUCCCACCGCAGAGAGAUCUAGAUGACAGAGAAACCCUUGUUUCUGAACAUGAGUAUAAAGAGAAAACCUGUCAGUCUGCUGCUCUUUUUAAUGUUGUCAACUCGAUUAUAGGAUCUGGUAUAAUAGGAUUGCCUUAUUCAAUGAAGCAAGCUGGGUUUCCUUUGGGAAUAUUGCUUUUAUUCUGGGUUUCAUAUGUUACAGACUUUUCCCUCGUUUUAUUGAUAAAAGGAGGGGCCCUCUCCGGAACAGACACCUACCAGUCUUUGGUCAAUAAAACCUUCGGCUUUCCAGGGUAUAUCCUCCUCUCUGUUCUUCAGUUUUUGUAUCCUUUUAUAGCGAUGAUAAGUUACAAUAUAAUAGCUGGAGAUACUUUGAGCAAAGUUUUUCAAAGAAUCCCAGGCGUUGAUCCUGAAAACGUGUUUAUUGGUCGCCACUUCAUUAUUGGGCUUUCCACAGUUACCUUUACUCUGCCUUUAUCCUUGUACCGAAAUAUAGCGAAGCUUGGAAAGGUCUCCCUCAUCUCUACAGGUUUAACAACUCUCAUUCUUGGAAUUGUAAUGGCAAGGGCAAUUUCAUUGGGUCCACACAUACCAAAAACAGAAGAUGCUUGGGUAUUUGCAAAGCCCAAUGCCAUUCAAGCGGUCGGGGUUAUGUCUUUUGCAUUUAUUUGCCACCAUAACUCCUUCUUAGUUUACAGUUCUUUAGAAGAACCCACAGUAGCUAAGUGGUCCCGCCUUAUCCAUAUGUCCAUCGUGAUUUCUGUAUUUAUCUGUAUAUUCUUUGCUACAUGUGGAUACUUGACAUUUACUGGCUUCACCCAAGGAGACUUAUUUGAAAAUUACUGCAGAAAUGAUGACCUGGUAACAUUUGGAAGAUUUUGUUACGGUGUCACUGUCAUUUUGACAUACCCUAUGGAAUGCUUUGUGACGAGAGAGGUAAUUGCCAAUGUGUUUUUUGAUGGGAAUCUUUCGUCGGUUUUCCACAUUGUUGUAACAGUGAUGGUCAUCACUGUAGCCACGCUUGUGUCGUUGCUGAUUGAUUGCCUUGGGAUAGUUUUAGAACUCAAUCAGUACAAAGAGAGAAAAUGAAGCAGCUGGUGCCUGUGGCCAGCGUAACCAGCUCAACAAGCCUUAUGUGUGGUUUACAGUGGAAGGAAGAAAGCAAGCCAAAUGCCAGCAAGGGCCCAGAUAGAGAAAUACAGUCUUUGGGGUGAGCAAGCCAUAGUCCCAAUCGCCAAAGACUUCCUGAGCAAGAGAGAGUUUCUUUUUGAAGUAUUGGAGUGAAUUUCAUGAGUUUAGAUUGAUUAUGAAGUAGAAAUUUAGAAGAUGUGUAAGCAUUAUUUUAUUUAGUUUCCAGCUUCCUUGCAUCAUUUGAGAAAUUUCUCUUCAGGUAGGAAAAUUCAGACACUUUUUCAAUCUGUACUGGCAAUAAAAAUUUUCAAUAGCUUCUGUCCUUUCUCUCCAGCAAACUGCAAAAUGCCCUGACAUCCAUAGUGUUGUUAUCAAUUAAUAAGUGUUGUCCUGCCUUUAUAAAUUAGACUAUAUUUUAUUGUCUUUUUAAUAAGCAGUUAUGAUUUUACAUCCUGUCAAGCAAUUUCAAAAAUUAUUCCAAAGCCAGUGGUGUAUCCCUAAGCAAGUCUAAUUAAAUAGAGCAAAUAAUCUGGACUAGUUCGUAGGGAAUAGAUCAGAUGCAACCACACUAUCAUUUUACUCCUGAUCUUGACUUCUAGCAACAACCUUUAGUAAGACUGAGUUUUUAAAUAUCAAGAAAGUAGCUGGUAUCUAAACAAGAUACUGAACUGGAAUCCUUCUAGUACAAAUAUGAACUAUGUAGUCUUUCCUCUAAUUGCUACUUUCUCAGCACUUAAGAAUUAUAACAAACAGAACACCCAUUGCUUCGCACUGCACAGCAAGUUAAGUUUGGAAGAAUACCAAAAGGCUGACUGAUGACAGCUUCUUAGCAGAAGCUGGGGGCAGUUUUCAUUCUGAUAGUACUUUCACAAUCUAUAGUUCCAGAUGAAUUAGCCACAUGUUUGUGCCUACAAAGAGAAGACUACAACACACACACACACACACACAUAUACAGACACAGACACACACACAUACACAUAUUUGUAUUUGAAUUACUUUUUGUUGUUUUCAUAAAUUGUUAUUUUAAAGAAAUCAGAGGGUAAUACUUUUCAUUAUAAAUACAGACCAAGUGUUACUGUAUCUUUCACAAUUUAAAAAGCACUGUUAAUUCCAAAUAUUAUGAUAGAAUCUAUGGAAUCCAUAAUACAUUUCAUUCUAGUCAUAUAACAACUAAUUGUUUAUUUUUUGUAUACCUUUGUAGAUAUUAAUUUGUAUUCAGGUGCUAUGAAUGGCAAAAGUAUAUUUUCCAUAUAUUCUAAAUUAGAACAUGAUUUUGGUAUUUUUUGGUAUUUUCUCAUUCUUAUGUCUCUUACUUUGGAAAUAUUUUCCAUGCAGUGUGGUCCCUACUACUCUUUCUCUGGAUACUUUUGUUUUUGUAAAAAUUCAAAAAGUUGUAUAAUUGGGAUCAUAGUCAUAAUAUUUCUGGUAUGGAGAGAGUGCUUUGUAUAAAACACACAGCAAUUUUAUUAACUGGUGUGAGAAUAUGGUUAUUUUAAAGCUAUUUUUAAGGUACAAUUUAUAAUUUUACAUCAUCCAACUUCAAAUUCACUUUGCUGUUAUUUUCCCUGGAGAAAACUUACCAAAAUAAUGUGUCAAAAAGCUUUUAAACCAUAGGUGAUAGUUGCAUAGGUUUUCAUUAUACUAUUUCUACUUUUGUAUAUGCUUACAAAUUAACUUUAAAAAUUUAGAAAAACGUAGUUUAUGAAAACUUGCAUUUAGUUGUAAAGUAAUAUCACAUUUGUUAUUGAUUUUAUAUAUUAAAAACUUACAUUUUAUUA